UUGUUCAGGCGUAAUUGACAUAAUACCAAUUUCAGGUGUACAACUUAACGAUUCAGUAUUUGUCUAUGUGGUGAAAUGAUCGUCAUAAGUCUAGUUAACAGCCAUGAUGAAACAGCAAAUUUUUUUCUUGUGAUGAGAACUUUAUCUUAGCAGCAUUCAAAUAUAUAAUGCAGUAUUGUUAACUAUAGUCAGCAUGCUAUGAUAUAGAUGAACUUUUGAUCUGUAUAACCAAAAGAUUCCAUUAAACAAACCCACUUUUCAAGCCUUUCAUUAUAAAUCUGGAAUGUACUUUUAUUUAAAGACUAAGCUGAAAUAUUCCUAAAUCACUCCUUUAUCCUUACAGUAGUAUGUGCUGUGCUUCCUCACUCAGUCCUGUCCAACUCUUUGCAACCACAUGGACUGUAGCCCUCCAGGCACCUCUGUCCAUGGGGAUUCUCCAGGCAAGAAUACUGGAGUGGGUUGCCACGCCCUCCUCCAGGGGAUCUUUGCAAGCCAGGGAUUGAACCGGGGUCUCCUGCAAUGCAGGAGCUGAGCUACCCGGGAAGCCCUACAGUAGUAUGUAUCAUUCCAAAGCAUUCAAGAGCUCAAAGUAUUCAAAGCUGUUCAGGCCACUGUUGAUUCUCAUCUACUCCCAUAGCUUCAAAUUAGUCACAUCUAAGGAGUGAGUUAUAGUAAUAAAGGAGAAGCCAGCAGACUGAGUACUGAUGUGGUUUCAAUUUCCUGUUGGACAUUGCCGUGUGAAUAUCUAGCACGCACCUCAAAAUUGUACUUGUCCAGCUUUGAUCAUGGUCCUCUCCACCUAACCACCUCCUGGAUUUCUUCUCUCCGUGUAAUAACACCACCAUCAUUCAGGCUUGAAACUUGAGUCUUUUUAACCUUCCUCUACUGCAUCUGUAUAUCCUCUCUCUCAACUCUGCCUAUCAAUUCUGUCUCAUAUUCAUUUUUAGUACCCCUUUCAUUCCAUUCUCAAGUUUGCCCAAAUACAGACUUAAUUUUUUCUUUCUUCCUUUUUUAAAGUACAACUCAGUUUUUAGUAAAUCAAAGAUUGGGUAACCAUUAACACAUUACAAUUUCAGAAAAUUUCCAGUACCUGAAAACUACCUCUCUUGCUUAUCUGCAGUGUCUCCCCACUUAGCCACAAGUAACUUUAUAUCUCUAUUGGUUUGUCUUUUCUGGACGUUCCAUAUUGAUGGAAUCAUACAAUACAUGGUCUUUUGCAUCCAACUUUCUUCACUUCCUUCACAUGUUUUUGAGGUCCCUCAGGCCUUCCUUGGACUUCCCUGUGGCUCAGCUGGUAAAAAAAAAUCCUGCAAUGUGGGAGACCUGGGUUCAAUCCCUGGGUUGGGAAGAUGCCCUGGAGAAGAGAACAGCUCCCCACUCCAGUAUUCUGGCCUGGAGAAUUCCAUGGAUUGUAUUGUCCAUGGGGUCACAAAGAGUCAGACAGAACUGAGCGGGCUUCACUUUCACUUUCUCUUUAGCACCCUCCCCCCUCAAACUUUUCCUAACCUUUCAGACCCACCCUUUUGAAAUUAAUUCUCCAUCACUUCAUAGUCCAAAGAUUUUUUGCUUUUCCUUCUGUUAUACUAAACAGUCAUUAUUAGCUGUUGAAAUGAAAAUGCCAGUAUAUUUUUCACAAGUAUUUGUGAAUAUCCACUUUGUGUAGGAUAUGGAUACAGUGGUAAACAAAAACAAAUAUGCCCUCAUGAUGCUUCCAGUCUAGUGGAAUGAUAAGGAAAUCAUGUUUUAUACUGGCUUUGUCAGUUUUGCUCAUUUUUCUUAUGGGAAGGCUCUACAGCUGGAAUUUACAGUGUAUUGAUGAUUUUAUUAAAUGCUUUAUUGAAUCUUUGGAAGAAAUAUGCCUUUUUUCCCCUUCCUGAGAAUUGAUCUCAGUGUUACUAACUGUUCAGUUUAGUGCUCCAAUUUUAACAUAGAUUAUAGUUUUGCCUCCCUACCAAUUACCUUGAGACUUAAAAAGAGUAAUUAGUUGUUUUCUGUAACACAGCAUCUGACACUUAAGUUUCAGUAAACUCUAACCAUUUUUAAGAAUUUUUCCGGGAGAUGCUGCAGACCCAGGACCCAGAGCAGCUCAGAGGCGGUGAAUAAUAGCUCUUCCAGUCUGCAAUAAAAAAUGGCCUUCAAUAAAACUACAUUGCAAAAACAUGGGAAAGAAACAAAAUGGAAAGAGUAAAAAAGUUGAAGAGGCAGAACCUGAAGAAUUUGUAGUAGAAAAAGUACUGGACUGCCGUGUAGUGAAUGGGAAGGUGGAGUAUUUCCUGAAGUGGAAGGGGUUUACAGAUGCAGACAAUACUUGGGAACCUGAGGGAAAUUUAAAUUGUCCAGAGUUAAUUGAAGCAUUUCUUAAUUCUCAAAAAGCUGGUAAAGAAAAAGAUGGAACAAAAAGAAAAUCUUUGUCUGACAGUGAAUCUGAUGAUAGCAAAUCAAAGAAGAAAAGAGAUGCUGCUGAUAAAUCAAGAGAUUUUGCCAGAGGUCUUGAUCCAGAACGAAUAAUUGAUGCCACGGACAGCAGUGAAGAAUUAAUGUUUCUCAUGAAAUGGAAAGAUUCCAAUGAGGCGGACUUCGUGCUGACAAAAGAGGCAAACAUAAAGUGUCUUCAAAUUUUAAUUGUAAUUUUUAUGAAGAGAGACUAA